GCACUUGCAUUUAUUUUAAGAGACCUCCUAUACGCACCAUCACUCCUAUACAGGCUAUAGAGGUGUUCUCCAGAGCGUCACGUUUGAGGACAUCCACAUAGACACUUGCAACCCAACGCUUGCAGACCCAGAUUGUAGGCAGAGAAAGACCCAAAGAGCGCCUGGGACUUGCUCAGGUAGCAGGGUUGCCAGGGGAGGCUUGGAAACAGUGAGGAGAGGGAGAGGGUUUUCUCUCUUGGAUGUUUUUGCGGUUGGACAAAAAGGUGGAGAGUCCUGAGGAAGGCUCAACUCAGCCCGGAAGCUCUGCGACAGAGCUGGGAAAGGGGGGCUGUUACCUCCGCCUCCGCGCCCUGGGUCUCUGCCGCAGCUCCUCCGGCUUGUGGGCUCGUGUCAGUGCGGUGGUCCCCAUCCAGCUCCUUAUCUCUGCCCCGGGCCUAACCCCGCCCCCCGGCGCUCAUUGGCCUGCACCCCACCCGCAGCCUGCGAGGUCCGCUGGGGGAGGUGGUGGUCUGUCGCCUCCCUCAGCCCGGGGCCUGGCUGCGCAGCAGAGGCGGCGCCUCUCCCGCAGGACAGAGCGGGCCGCGCGGCGCGGGGCGGGCGAAAGCAGACUGAGGAGCUCCUGGCUCCCUUCCCCGGCGGUGACUGGCGGUGGCUCUGGACCAGCGUGGUUCCCGUGUGCACACACGCACACGCCGCGGCGCAGGGACACAGACCUAGCUGCCCGCGGCCACACGCACUCAGAGACCAGGCUCGGCGCGUGCUCCGCGGCUCACACGCUCCAGCCAGAGAAGCUCCCGGCGCCGAUUCGCGGUCUGCGCGCCCUCCUGCACCUUCGGUCCCGGCGCCCCUCAGCCUGUCCGGGCCCUGUGACCAGCAGCCUGUGGACAGCGGCUCUGGCUCUGAUUCUCCACUGCUGGGAGCCGCAGCCAGAGAUCGAGGCUGGGAAGCACCAUGGCCAGAGUCCUGCAGGGCUCCCUGACGGCUCUCCUCCUGCUGCCUGUGGCUAUUGCUAUGCACUCUGACUGCAUCUUAAAGAAGGAGCAAGCCAUGUGCCUGGAGAAGAUCCAGAGGGCCAAUGACAUGAUGGGCCUCAAUGAGUCCUCCCCAGGUUGCCCUGGCAUGUGGGACAAUAUCACAUGUUGGAAGCCUGCUCAAAUAGGUGAGAUGGUCCUUGUGAGCUGCCCUGAGGUCUUCAGGAUCUUCAACCCGGACCAAGUUUGGAUGACAGAAACCAUAGGGGAUUCUGGUUUUGCUGAUAGUAAUUCCUUGGAAAUCACAGACAUGGGGGUCGUGGGCCGGAACUGCACAGAGGACGGCUGGUCAGAGCCCUUCCCCCAUUACUUCGAUGCUUGUGGGUUUGAUGACUAUGAGCCUGAGUCUGGGGAUCAGGAUUAUUACUACCUGUCGGUGAAGGCCCUCUACACGGUCGGCUACAGUACUUCCCUCGUCACCCUCACCACUGCCAUGGUCAUCUUGUGCCGCUUCCGGAAGCUACACUGCACCCGGAACUUCAUCCACAUGAACCUGUUCGUGUCCUUCAUGCUGAGGGCCAUCUCCGUCUUCAUCAAAGACUGGAUCUUGUAUGCCGAGCAGGACAGCAGUCACUGCUUCAUCUCCACCGUGGAAUGCAAAGCUGUCAUGGUUUUCUUCCACUACUGCGUGGUGUCCAACUACUUCUGGCUGUUCAUCGAAGGCCUGUACCUCUUCACACUGCUGGUGGAGACCUUCUUCCCCGAGAGGAGAUAUUUCUACUGGUACACCAUCAUUGGCUGGGGGACCCCUACUGUCUGUGUGACCGUGUGGGCUGUGCUGAGGCUCUACUUCGAUGAUGCUGGCUGCUGGGACAUGAACGACAGCACGGCUCUGUGGUGGGUGAUCAAAGGCCCUGUGGUUGGCUCUAUAAUGGUUAACUUUGUGCUUUUCAUCGGCAUCAUCAUCAUCCUUGUACAGAAGUUGCAGUCCCCGGACAUGGGAGGCAACGAGUCCAGCAUCUACUUACUGGCUCCCCUAUUGACUGCCACCGCUUGUCAUUGGAGCUGCAGCUGCGUGCAGAAAUGCUACUGCAAGCCACAGCGGGCUCAGCAGCACCCUUGCAAGAUGUCAGAACUAUCCACCAUUACUCUACGGCUGGCUCGCUCCACCCUGCUGCUCAUCCCACUGUUUGGAAUCCACUACACAGUAUUCGCCUUCUCUCCAGAGAAUGUCAGCAAGAGGGAAAGACUUGUGUUUGAGCUUGGACUGGGCUCCUUCCAGGGCUUUGUGGUGGCCGUGCUCUACUGCUUCCUAAAUGGGGAGGUACAGGCAGAGAUUAAGAGGAAAUGGAGGAGCUGGAAGGUGAACCGCUACUUCACUAUGGACUUCAAGCACCGGCACCCGUCCCUGGCCAGCAGUGGAGUGAAUGGAGGGACCCAGCUGUCCAUCCUGAGCAAGAGCAGCUCCCAGCUCCGCAUGUCCAGCCUUCCGGCUGACAACCUGGCCACCUGAGCUCUGUCUCCCUUCUCCUGCACAGGCUGGGGCUGCGGGCCGGUGCCUGCGCGUGUUUGUGCCUCUCCUCUCUCCUUGGGCAGGCCCUGGGUAGCAAGCUGGGCUCCUCCCCAAGGGGGAAGAGAGAGAUAGGGUGUAGGCUGAUAUUGCUCCUCCUUUUUGGGUCCCGCCUACUGUGGUCCAUUGAGCCCAAUUUGACAUGUAAAUACACCUCAAAUUUGGAAAGUUGCCCCAACUCUCCCCCCAACCCGUGCCCUUGCUCACUUCUGCCAGGUUCCAGCUUGACCUACUGUGUCAAGGCCAGCCUCAGUGAUGGCCUGAUCCCAGGUACAAGGCCUUGUGAGCUGAGGCAGAAAAAGGCCUGUUUUGGAGAGAGGCUGGGGUAGUACCCAACCCAGAAGCCUUUCACUAAAUUGACUUUGGAUGUGGGCUCUUCUCAGCCUGUACCAAGUCCUAUAGUUGGCCAGGGAUGCAGCUCAGUGGCCAGAGCAUCCUUUGGAGUGGGUCAACCUGAGGCUCCUUUUGCUUACCUGACAUCUAGGUUGUCCAGGUACUCAGAUCCUGUAUGCCUGGAUGAUGGGAGGGUUACAGGGCUCUUUCAAUCAACUUAAGUUGGGGUGGGGUGAGGGUCAGGGAACGUUCUGGUGCUUUUCAUUUGAUCUGAAAGCUGAGAGCCAGGAACGCAGAUGCGUUUGGGAAGGAAAUGGGACAGCUGAAGAUCUUACCAUGUCCACGACUGUGCCCUGACUCGAGACUCGAUCGUGUGGUGGCUUCACAUCUACCCAUCUUGCCUAAAAUGGAUGGUCUGAAGAAGCCGUUCUCCAGCCAUGCCAGCCACAGAGAGCCCCGAGCUCUCCUCUCUCAAUUUCCCCCGAAGUCAAAGCCAUGUCUAGAAUGAACCAGCCACCUUGUAGUGAUAUCAGUGAGCUCUGAAGCAACUUUCAGUUUUCACAAGCCAAGUCCUGGGGAAUCCCCACAGCUACACCUCUACUGAUGACAAGGAACUGUAGAAGCCGCCCCCAGCCUGGACUCCAUGACUAGACUCAGAUGUCUGCAAGACUUUCACCAUGUUCCGUUGACAUUUGAACUGCACGUGGGCCUCUCAGAGGGUUUGGAGGGGAUGCUGUGUCUGUCACACGCAUGAGCAGAAGCUACAGAUGGGAGGAAGAGUGCCCAUCUUGACUCUCCAGCUGUAGGUUGCACAGCCAUAACCCAACACUUUAAAAUAAGGCCACACCCAGAUUUGGGGAGAUGGAGGGGAAAAGCGGGGCCGUGGGGCCACGUGGCCCAGCUCUUUCCAUGCUGGUGUUUGUUUUUGUCCCUGCCUCUGUGGACUUGUUCAUGGUUGUGCUCUGGGAUGCAUGGGGAGUGCGGACGGAGUGCUGCCUGGCUUGCUGUUGUAUUAAGUAAGAUUUGAGACGGUGUUGCUGGAGGAACCAUUAGAAAUACUGGAGAAGGUUCUAGUUGAUAUGGUGUAGACAUGUGUUUUGUAUCCUUGACUAGUGAAUUCAGUUUUUGGAUCUUUGGUAAAGCCAGAAGUGGGAAAGCUCCUCCUUGUUCCUUCCCAAAAAUAUUUGGUGGCUUGGACCAGCCACUGGGUAUACAUUGACCCUUUACCCCAAACCUUAUCCCCCUCCAUAUUUCUUCCUCUGUUCUGAGAACCAGGUUAUCAGCCAAAUAAGAGACAGCUGAUCACCUUGUGUUUUGGACAUUACUAGGGAGCCUGAGCUAUUUAGAGGAAGCCAUGGUUCAGGAUUCCUAUCGACUCAGAAUGCUGUAACUGUGAAUGCAUGUGUGAUGUGCUGGGCAGAAGCAUCCUUGUUUGUGAAAUGAGGUGUUUUCUAGUGCUUCUCCAGGUUCGGUGUUAGUUAAAAACCACGGCAGGUAAACAGACAUGUAUUGUUGUGUAUAUCAUCCAGGAGGUGUGCACGCAUGUGCAUGUGUGUGGUGAGGGGAAUGGCAUUCUGCUUAUUUUCCCAUUUGGGUACCACAGUGCAAGUUUGCAGAGCAGAGGAAAGCUCGGGCCACGGUCAUUUGAAUAGAACCUCAGAUAUGAUGUGCAGAGCUAGUUUUCCAGGCUGGGCAGGCACAGGUGGCCUGUGGCACCCUCCACCCAAGGUGUGGCCCCUGGGCUAUGAACCCCACUCACCUGUCUUCACCCCCCACCAGUGGGUCUGCUUCACUGUGGAAGAAGAAACUGUGACUUUCUAGUUGCAUCACUGCAAAACAGCAAAAACCAGGUCAGUCCUGAGCCCUUGCUGCUUCCUGAGCCCUGGGCCUGCGUCCUCCUAGAAGUUCCGGGCUCCUGAUGUUUUGUUUUUCUGUCUGAAGGGUUAUUAUUAACAUUAGUUUGCUAGUCUUGUGAGCAGAUGUGCCUGAAGGAUUCUGCAUGUCCUGGGAGGGUCUGGCUCUCAGGCCACAGGCAGUGAAGGGACAGCGCAAGGCUGGGUAAAACCCUUCCCCUUCGACCCUCCUACAGCUAUAGCCCAAGCAAUAAGACUUACUAAUUUGUGUGUUGCCCAGUGUGCCUCUGGGGUUCUGUCUAAACACCAACCAUCUUCUCUUGGAAUCGGCCCCUGGCAAGGCUUGCAGUAAUACAGCCCGGGCCCAGAGAAGGGAAAAUGGGGAAGGGAUCCUGUCUGGUAGGUGAAAAGGGCUUCAUGGACUUAGAUACCCUGAAGCAGUGUCAGAGCCGAUCCAAGGUCACCCAGCCUGUAGAGGAUCAUUCCUGGGGAGUGGGGCCUUGUUCUAGGAAACUCGGAAGGCCAAAUCUCAUGGACCACACCCUUUGGGAGGGAGGGAAGGACAGCCAUGUCUCGUCCCAUCUCCUAUUAUGACUGUCCAUCUACAGGGCAAACAGGAAGUGUCAGAAGAGGGUCUAGUCCUCACAAAACGGGAUCUACAUGGGGAAGGCUUAGGUUGCCAGGGAGUCACAGGGAUUGGGGGAUGCUGCAGUUUUUAUCCUUGGCAUCCGCCAUGCUGAAAACCUGACUGCACUCUCUGUGUACGGUGGUGAGGUUCCCUUGGCAUGCUCAGGAGCCCAUGGUGAGCCCUUCCCUAACCCAUCUUCUCUGGACUGACUUCUCCGGGGAGGGGGACUGGGAGCUUGUUCAGGGCCCAGUGCUGGAAAUAACCCUGUACCUGUCACCUGUGCCCCUUCUUCCUUGGAAGAAAAGCUGCGAGCCACUCUUUAAUUCCGUGUAUACCCUUUGUCCCCUGCAAAGAGAAGGCAGCAAGUACUGUAACACUGCAAAUACCACUUGAGUCCAGGGGGUCUGGAAACCAGCUGGAAGAGCCUUGACCAGGGAGUCUGGGACUUGGGGUUCCCCAGCUUAGCCGCUCACUGCUGUUUGACCUUGACUCAUCCCUUAUAAGGGGAAAUUCAAAGACUAUUAGAGCUGUGAGCAACUUGGAGAUCUGAAGGGUGAACCUUCCCCAUGGGCUCAUGAGGAAACAGGUGGGCCUAGCAUGCUUUUGAAUGAGAAUGUGGCCCUACCAGUACUGACCAGCCCUGCGUGUGAGCCAGAUACAACACUCCAAGCAGUCAUAGAAUACACUGCACCUUCUUUAGGAAUGGCUGCACCUUCAGAAUGUCUGGGAGUCCAUGAUACAGUAUUGGAGAAGCAAUGGAGUUGGUGGGGUAUAAGGAUACCUGCUAGCAAACUUAGCCCUCUCCGUCUGUCCUGGGACCCCAUACUUACUCUCAACCCCUAAUCUGCUGUGGUGUGGCCAUGGUUACAGAAUCAUCUGCUCCCUAAGUAGGGAUGCGGUGGAAGUGAAAUGCUCACUGUCGGUUUACAAGCUCUGUAAACCACAUAGCCGUGUGCUCAUUCUUAGGGUGAAGACCCUCAAAAGGUAUCCCCUGCAACCAGUCUACUGCUCUGAGCCUCCUUGGGUUAACUGUUACCCCAUUUGUAAAGACCACCAGCACCGAGGGUGAGGCCACGGGGCUCUGGGUAGACCUUAAUCUCCAGCUUUAUCUUCACUUUGUUCAGUUUGCAUUGAAGGUAAGGACGUGGAGAGCUCUAUGAGUGCUGUGAGAACCUCUGUGCCAUCUGCCUAGGAAUCCUCCAAGGGUAUGGGACAUUCCUCAAGUGGGACAAAUGCCCAUUCUUUCUCCUCCCCGCCCCUGAACUCCAGGUCCUGUGGUGUGUCUGCUGUACUCAGCCAUGCGUAUUUUGUCUGCUGUCUGUCUUCUGAGGCUUUGUGUCUGUCUGGGCUGGCUUGGGUCAGCCCUUGGUACUCCAGAUUAGCUCCAGGCCCACUCGUGGGAGCUGGAUCAGUCUGAGUUUAAUUUCCCACAAUAAAGAUAAAUCCCACGGACCUCACUGCUACUGCUGCCUCCAUUAACGCUGUGCUCACACCUUGUCUGGGAUUUUAAGGAUGUCAAACUGCUGUAGAUGACUCAAUAAAUGUCUUAUCAUUUUU